AUGGCUCCUCCAGGAGCUUUCGAGAGCCAGAAAAACAAGGAGCAUCGAACCCAUAAAACUGGUGGAAAAGCUACGAAAAUCAAAGAAAAGAACAAGGUGAAGGGUAACAAUGCCAAAGCCUUCACCUUCAAAUCCGCCGUUGCUGCAGGAAAAGCGAUUAGGAGGUGAGU